UCAAACUCCAUAAAUGCAUUUACAAAAUUAUCUAUAAAUAUUAUAAUUUUAAUAAAAUAUUCUUGUUAUUCAAGACCACCCUCUUUCGUAAUUUUAAAAUAUUCUUGUUAUUUAAAAUAUUCUUGUUACUCCAUGGAAUUUUAUUUUAUUUUUUUGUCUUUUCAAAUUUCCACCGGUUCAGACAGCAUCUUACAAAUCAGACCGUUAGACGGCAGCGUUUUAUCGAUACAAAUUUUCAAAUAUUCUUGUUACUCCGUGGAUUUUUUUUUUUUUUUUGGGUCUUUUCGGAAUUUUCUUGUUUUUAUUUUUUAUUUUUUUUGUCUUUUCAAAUUUCCACCCGUUCAGACAGCAUCUUACAAAUCAGACCGUUAGACAGCAGCGUUUUAUAUUUACUCUAGGUUACCCAUCGAAACAACCAAACCAGGAAAUUUGAAUUGAUCGGAGGCGCGAUCGAGUGUGUCCAAGAAGAAAUUGAUUCUUAGUAUCAUCGUCCUGUUGAUUCUCCACUGAUUUUGAUUAGAUAUAUCUAUAUACAUAUAUAUUGGUGAUCAAGUGGGUUCAAAGGGAGUUUGUCCAAGGAUAGAUUAAAUCAGUUUUUGAACAAUUUGUUCCUGGGUUUUUGUUGGUUUUAGAAGUAUUUUGUUGGGUUGAAUCGUGGUUUUCGAUCAGAGUGAUAUGUUGGACUUCAGGGAAGUUGAUACAUUGGGGCUAGGGUUUUGGGGUUGAAGUCAGAAUUAGGGUUAGGGUUAGGGUUGGCUUUGGGGGUGAGAUGGAGGAAACAGAGCUUGAAGAAGGCGAGGUUUACAAGGACAAUACACUCGUUGAUCCUGACGUCGCUUUCUCUUACAUUGAUGAGAAACUUAAAAGUGUGUUGGGUCAUUUUCAGAAAGAUUUUGAAGGCUUGAUUUCGGCAGAGAAUUUGGGGCCUAAAUUUGGUGGGUAUGGUUCGUUUUUACCUACCUAUCAGCGGUCUCAACCAAAGCGUCCACAAAGAGUUCAGAAUCAUAGCCUUCCAAGAUCUCCCUUAUCUCAGAAUUCCACAGCACUGUCAGAUGCACCCUUAUCUCAGAGGCUUCACACUGCUACCCACAGUUUGCAGUCAUUGCAUAUUGCAAGGGUCGCAUCUGGGGAUGUUUCAGCCAUACAAGUUCCUUGCUUGUCUUCUGGUCAAGUUGCUGACAAGUUAUGCAUGAAAUUUGAACCAUCUUCAAAUAAGUCAAUUUAUCCAACUAACCAGAGAACACUAAAGGUUCGAAUGAAAGUUGGUUCCGAUUACAAAGUGCCGAAAAAUGCGGCAAUUUAUAGUGGUAUAGGGCUAAUUUCUCCAUCAUCAUCAACGGGGAACAGACCCGAGGAAAGUGGUGGGAUAAUAUUAGAAUCUGAAGAGCAAAGUGAAUCUCCCACCAGUAUUCUUCAGAUUAUGACUUCUUCACAUGUUCCUGGGAGCCUACUGCUUUCGCCUCUCCAAGGCAGUGUGCUUUGCUUGAUAAGGAAGGACAAACUCCCACAGAACAGUAAGCCUGUGCCUGCCCUCAAAAGCAAGGCCGAUAAGGAUGGAAUAGAAGACAGAUUAUCAUAUACUGAUUCUGGGAAGGAAGAGUCCUUGGAGUCAAUAUCUGGCCAACAUGGUAAGAAUGAGAAGCAAGAAGCUAGGGGUAAUUGGGUGGAGAAAACCGGAGAUCACAGAAUGAGAAGUUCCCAUAGAAAUGUUUCAAUUGAUGAUGACCGGAGCAAAUCUAUCAAAAUUUAUAGCCCAUUUAAAGCUGGCUCUAAUGUUUCUAGGUGCAAGGAAGAUCCUAAUGUUUGGACCAUGAAUCAUCUUAAAGCAAAGGUUGUUCAGAAAUCUACUUCCCAUGAGCAAGAUGAAAAAAUGCCUAGUGGUAGGAAGUCGGUAUUUGAGGGCAACAGGAAGUCAAGGGGAAGCCAAAGUAAUGCUAAGGUGGCUUCUGAUUUGGCAGAGGAAAGCUUGAUGGUUGGAGUUUCUGCAGUGUCAAAUGACAAGAAGAAAGCUAUUAAAAUGCAUAAUUUAAAUUUAAAGUCACUAAAGGAUAUUUACAAGGCACAUGAUAAACAUAGAGAUGUGUUAGAGGACACAAGACGAGAGCAAAUGGGUAAUCAAAUGGAUCGAUUUCAGAGGCGUACUGGUGAUAGUGGAAAAGACUCUGAAGUUGGGGCUGUUGAUAAAGAGCUACGUGCUUCCUCUGAAAAAUUGAAAGGGAGAUCAAGUUAUAAGAAAGCUGAUAACCAGCUGACAUCUGAGACAUUUCUAAAAGAGGAUGGAAACGAUUGCCCUCCUACCAGUGGGGCACUUGCUUCUGAGUUGGAACCAACUUUGGCGCCUUCUGUAGUUAUUCAAGAAAAUUGGGUCUGUUGUGACCAAUGUCAGAGGUGGCGUCUUCUACCAUUUGGUACGAAGCCUGAGGAACUUCCUGAGAAGUGGUUGUGUAGCAUGCUUAACUGGCUGCCUGGAAUGAAUCGAUGUGAUAUCAGUGAGGAAGAGACAACAAGAGCUCUCAAUGAAUUGUACCAACUUCCGCUUCCUGGAAGUCAUAAUGGCCUUCAAAAUCAUGCUGAUAAAAUUGUAACUGGAGGAAAUUCAGCUGAAGUUCGGCAUUUUGACCACAAGCACAAGAAUCCCAAUUCACAUGCCAUACCUAUUAAUCGAGGAAAGAAGAAACAGGUUUCAAAAGAAACACCCAACAUGGCUAGUGAUGGUGGCCAGAUGCAGCUUUCCAACUUAAAAAAGAACUCACAACAAGAGGCAGUGAAAAGCAGAAGCAUAAAUGACAUGAACAACUCUAGUGUUCAGCAUUUGAGCAAGUCUUGCAACUUUGCUGUGGAAAAAAAUAAUAUUAAACAGAAAGAGAAGCAAGAGAAUGGAGCUGAUGUGACAAGGAAAAAGCCAAAAAGCAAGAGAGAGGCUGAACAGCAUGCAUACGGGGCUAAAAAGAAAAUCAAGACUGAAGGUGCAGUUGAUACCAAUAAGUAUUGGAAUUCGAAACAUGAUGAGUACCUUGUUAAGGCGGAUUUCAGUUCCGGUGUUGAAUUGCCAAAUAAGGUAGCUGGUAAGAGUAUGCAGAAACACAAUGGAGAUUAUUAUUCUAUGGAUGCAAAGUGUGACGCCAAGAACAUAUUACAAAUUUCUGUAAAGAAACCGGGAGAGAGUGUUCAGAUCUCUCGGGAUACUGGGUCCUUGGAUAUGAAAAGUUACAACGGAAGGGAAAUGUCUUUGAAGAAAAGAAAAUUGGACUGGCAUGAUAGUCAGAAAUGUUUAGAGACAUUGCAAAGUAGUGGGAAGCAUCUGCCGGACAUCAAGUUCUCUGCAAAAGAGGAGCCUGUUGAUGGUGAAUUCAGAAAGGAAAAGAAAUACAGGGAGGUCAGGGAUCUCAAUGCUUCAAGUCCUCAAAGAUGGGAUGCCUCUGGACAUACUGCUAGUAAUGCCCUGAAAGAAGCUGAAGAUCUCAGAGAGUAUGCUGAUCAACUUAAGAUCUCUGGGUUUGAUUUUGAAUGCAAUGAGGCAUACUUCCAAGCUGCAUUAAAGUUUCUUCAUUGUGCGUUGCUUCUAGAAACCUGCAAUAGUGAUAAUUAUAAACACGGGGAGAUGUCUCCAAUGCAAAUCUAUAAUAGUAGUGCCAAACUCUGUGAAAUUUGUGGCCAUGAAUAUGAGAAGCGUCAAGAAAUGGCUGCCGCUGCUUUGGCCUAUAAAUGCAUGGAGGUGGCAUACAUGAAGGUUGUUUAUUGCAAACAUUCUAGUACAAGUAGAGAUAGACUUGAAGUGCUAGCCAGUUUACAGGUGGUUCCUCAAGGAGAAUCUCCAUCAUCUUCUGCAUCAGAGGUUGAUAACUUGAACAAUGAAGCAAUUGUGAAUAAAGCUGGUCUAUCCAAGGGCAUUGGUUCUCAUGCUGGAAACCAUUUUAUCAUCGCUCGAAACCGUCCCAACUUUGUUCGGCUCCUUGAUUUCACAAAGGAUGUAAAUUCUGCAAUGGAGGCUUCCUGGAAAUCCCAGAAUGCUUUUGCCGCUGCUAAUGUUAUUCUGGAAGACGGUCAGAAUAAAGAGGGCAUUGUUUCUGUUAAGAGGGUUAUUGACUUUGGCUUCCAAGAUGUGGAGGAACUCAUACGUUUGGUGAAGCUUGCAAUUGGGGCCAUCAGCCGCCAAGGUUUUAGUGGCAGUAGAAAUUAA